AUGCGCUUCCUCGUCUCGGAUGCCCCUGCCGACAGCAACCUUCCUCUCUACAUUACCGUAAACUAUCACCUUUCUCGUAGUCAUCGUGCCUUUCGCAUCACUGUCAUCGCAGAGUGGAAAAUUAGUAUCGCACUCGAUUGGCCGUUUGGAGACGGAGAAGGACCACCACCACACAUCACCCGCGACUGGCUCCACCUCGUCGAUAGCGUCUUUGGCAAGGACGAAGAACACCAACCCACAGAAUCCAUCGCCAUCCACUGUGUCGCCGGCCUCGGACGGGCGCCGCUUUUGGUUGCAAUUGCGUUGAUCGAGGCAGGAUUGACCCCAGAGGAGAGUAUCGCUCGCGUGCGAGAGAAGCGGCGAGGCGCACUCAACACUAAGCAAGCCAAAUUCAUCAUGGACUACAGGCACAAAAAAUCGCUCAAGUCAAAGUGCACCAUCCUCUAA